AUGUUGCCCAUAACUUCAUGUAAAUGUGUACACGGCCAAUACAACUUCAAAGGUGAAGCUAAGGUGGAUCGACAUACCAAAUAUUGGACCUACUUUGAAGCCCUGGCAGAGCAGUGUGGUAGUCACUCAGGCAUGGACAGGAACCCAGUGAGAAGAUUUAGACCUAAGUGUUUCUACUUCCACUUUAAAAACUGCCCUGACCAUGGAGGUCGCAAUGGCUGCUACCUCUGCUACGAAGUGAAAAGAACACAGAGGGGCUUGCCCUUGGACGUGGGCACCGGGGUUUUUGAAAAUGAGCCCAGAGGGUCCCUUUCCCCUCUCCGUCUCUCCCAGUUCUAUCCCAAGAAGCCCAAGCACACAGAAAUCUGCUUCUUGAAUUGGUUCAAGACCCAGCCAGCAUUCUUGGCCCAGAACCUGUCCCGCGAGGAGAAAUACCAUGUCACAUGGUUCAUGUCCUGGAGCCCCUGCUUCCAAUGUGCGAGGCAGGUGGUCGAGUUCCUGAAGGACCACGAGUACGUGCAGCUGAGCAUCUUCGUUGCCCGCCUCUACUACUCCAGUCGCCCCGAGUACCAGCAGGGGCUGCGCAGCCUUCAAGGCGCAGGGGCCCAGGUGGCAAUAAUGACUCCAGAUGACUUUGCCUACUGCAGGAAGGUCUUUGUGCAUGACCCCCAUAAACCAUUCCGGUACUGGAAAGGAAUAUAUAUAAACAGUUGCAGCCUAUCUAAGACUUUGGAGGACAUUCUCAGGAAGGAGGGUGGGGGCCUAAGUGUCCUUAUCAAGCUGUGGUCCAUGACACGUGCCCGUGAGGGAGCCCGGGCCCUGCUGCGCCCUCGCGCGGGGCAGCACCAGCGAGCAUCAGUGUUUGGUAGUGGAGCCCUCACGUUAAACAGAACCACUGUAGAUGCCCAGCCCCCAGUCCUGUCACAUGCCUGCUCUGUCACAUGCCUGCUCUGUCACAUGCCUGCUUUGUCACAUGCCUGCUUUGUUACGAGGGUCCCCCCCCCACUCUCUCUCCAUCUCUCCCAGUUGCAUCCUGGCCACGCAGAACUCUGCUUCCUGGAUUGGUUCCGUGAGAAGGUUCUGUUUCCUGAUGAGAUUCGGUGUCCUGAUGCGCAAUACCAUGUCACCUGGUACAUAUCCUGGAGCCCCUGCUUCGAGUGUGCAGAGCAGGUGGCUGACUUCCUGAAUGAGAACGAGAACGUGGACCUGAGCAUCUCCGCCGCCCGCCUCUACUUGUGUGAGGACGAAGAUGAGCAGGGGCUUCAAGAUCUGGUUGCUACAGGGGCCAAGGUGGCCAUGAUGGCUCCAGAGGACUUUGAAUACUGUUGGGAUAACUUUGUGUACAACGGGGGAUGGCACUUCACAUAUUGGAAGAAUGUGCGUCGAAAUUAUCGUAGUCUGCAGCAGCAGCUUAAUAAAAUCCUCUGGGACUUGAGGAGGAUUCAUGACUUUAUUUUUGGGACGGAAUGAUGUCUCCAAGCGGCUGGCUCCCGGGGCUGAAAUAGAAGAGCCCUAGCUAAAACUGAAGCAGCACAGCUUUCUCUCCUGCUCUCUGAAGCUCCCCUCCCCAAGUCCCUAUGUAAUAAAAGGCUAAUAUGCAAA